GGCACGAUGGGCGAUGGCAACAUCUGAACCAUCGUGCGUAAUAGUGCCGCACCGUAGACGAUUACGCCGCAGGAACCAUUUAUGGAGCGCUCACGCACGACACGGUCGCGUCUAUAAAACCGGGAAUUGCUUGGCUCGCACGAGAUUAGAUAUUUGAAACGGACUCGGGAAGUUUUUGGUUUGGGUUGAAUUCGGUUCAUACAAUAGAGGAGCUGUGGAUUCCUCUUCUUCCCGUCCUUGGCGACGGUGCUUAUGCCGGUUGGUUUUCAGGUUGCACUGGAGUUGGAUUUGAAGUGCUUUUUUUUCCUUGUUAAGACAUGGAAAAAGUGUGCUUCUGGUCAAAUCGCAUCCAUUUUGGGCUUUUCUCUUUCCAAGAAGUCCUUGACUGGCGGUUUUUUGUCUAUGGAGAUUUCCUUUUGGUUUCCUUUGUCAAUUGCACUUAGUGACCACUCUCUCUUUAAUGAUCGGUACAGAAGGCAUAAUGCAAUUUUUUUCUGAGCUAGGUGUUGGGUCUUUGGUGCACUUCUUGUAUUUCUGAUACAACAUCCAGUUGAAAAUUUUGAGAAACGCCUUCUGAGGGCUGAAGUCUGCAAGUAGAUGAUUUCCAGUUGCUUGCUUAGCAUUAGAUAAGCCAUCUGAGAUGCAUCAAGUGCAUGCAGACUAUAGUUCUUAGUUAUUGUUCCCUUGUUUCUCCCAAUGGGGUAUUGGUUAGAGUGAAGAGUUAUCAAUUUACCGAACAAUCUGCAAGAAUUCCUACAUUGAAUAGAUGAACUAGCUGUCUAAGGAUCCGUCCUGUUGGCUGGAGCAAUCAUUCUGGACUGACUGUUAGUGUCAAUAUGUUCUGUGGAACUUACCUUUUCCUGCCGUUAAUGCCUGGUCUUAAUCUUGAAACUGUGGGUUUGCUAGUGAAUAAAGCUGUGAAGCCCAUCCACUGGGAAGAUUCUGGUUUUGUGCUCAUGCACGUCGCUGCAGAAAAUUAAUGGUGGAUUCUGCUUAUUAGCAAAGCAUUUUGUUUAUUUUUUGAGUUUUUGUUACCAGUUAUCUUCUAGUGAAGAUCUUAUACGUCUGUUGGAAUAAAGGAUCUACCUUUUGUUCCAUAAAGAAAAUGGAGAGGUACAAGUUGAUCAAGGAAGUGGGUGACGGAACAUUUGGGAGUGUAUGGAGAGGCAUUAAUAAGCUGUCUGGUGAAGUGGUAGCAAUUAAGAGAAUGAAGAAAAAAUAUUACUCAUGGGAAGACUGUGUAAAUCUGAGGGAAGUGAAGUCAUUGCGGAAAAUGAAUCAUCCCAAUAUUGUGAAGCUUAAGGAAGUGAUAAGAGAACAUGAUAUUCUGUAUUUUGUGUUUGAGUACAUGGAAUGCAACCUUUACCAACUUAUGAAAGACAGGGAAAAGCUUUUUUCAGAAUCUGUAGUCAGAAAUUGGUGUUUUCAAAUAUUUCAAGCCCUUUCAUAUAUGCAUCAGCGUGGUUAUUUUCAUCGUGACCUUAAGCCAGAGAAUUUAUUGGUUACUAAAGGCAUAAUCAAAAUUGCUGAUUUUGGUCUAGCACGGGAAAUCAAUUCAAAUCCACCAUAUACAGAAUAUGUAUCUACCCGGUGGUAUCGAGCCCCUGAAGUGUUGCUUCAGUCUUACGUGUAUAGUUCUAAAGUUGAUAUGUGGGCAAUGGGCGCUAUCAUGGCUGAGCUGUUCACCUUGCGUCCUCUUUUUCCGGGUAGCAGUGAAGCAGAUGAGAUAUACAAAAUUUGCAGUGUAAUAGGUACUCCAACUCAGGAUUCAUGGCCUGAUGGCCUUAAUCUUGCUAGAGCAAUAAACUACCAAUUUCCACAGUUGGCUGGAGUGCAACUCUCUGCGUUGAUGCCAUCUGUGAGUAAGGACGCAAUUGAUCUUAUUACAUCACUUUGUUCAUGGGAUCCCUGCAAUAGGCCAACAGCUGCUGAGGCUCUUCAGCAUCCAUUUUUUCAGAGCUGUUUCUCUGUACCGCCAUCUCUUCGUCCCAAAGAAGCUGUGUCCAGGACUCCUCCAUCUGUUGGAGCAAGGUUAUCUCGUGAACAACAAUGUAAUAAGAGGUAUUAUGGCACCUUAUCUGAUGCAAAGCUCAAUAGCAAUUUUUCUUCUUCAAAGUCAUGUUCAUAUAUGAGCACAGGCGUUCAACGGAAGCUGGAGAUGGCUAACCAGGAUUUGAAUAGGAAAGAUAAGCCCUUCAAAACUUCGACCAGACAACCAAAAUAUCAACCGCCAGGAAAGAAGAGUCCUACUGCAGCAGCGGUUGUGAACAAGGGAAGAGCCGUGCUUGGAGUUUCAGAUGCAUCCGAGAAGUUAGCCAGCAUGACUAUUGGGUCUCGUAGACAGCCUUUGGGGCAGCAGCCAAAACCACCUCCCAUGAAGGCUGGUGUACAAUGGAAUGCUGAAUCUGGUGAUAUGUUUCUAAGACCAACCCAGCAUAUUCAACCCAGCAGAACUUUUUCCAGGAAAGUCGCCGGAUGACAGCUUUGAUGGCCUGGAAAUAAUAAAAAAUGCAUUCAUAUUAUGCUAUCGUGUGGCAGCAAUAUUGACGGAGUGCUUGUUGGAUCUGUCCUGUUCUGCUUAUAAUUGAGUCGAAUUUCUGCACCAAUGUCUGAAACGUGGAUGGAAGACUCGUUUUCUUCAUAGUUUAAUUAUAUAAUAAUCUAUGCUUAUUGUGGUUUGCAGUAUGAAUUUACUAUUGC